CCGCGAGCGCACUCUCGGUUGCUUAGCUCCAUGUUGGUUGACUUUUCUUGGAAGCACCUUACGCUCUUGGUGCGCAGAUAGCGGUAGCUCAGUCAGGGCCGACGCACCGGCUCUGCCUCGCGGCGAAGGGAGCCAGUGAUGCCGCUAUGAACAAGGAAAGCUCACCUACCACGGCUGGAUAGCUGAAGAGGGUGGUGAAUUAGGUUUACCGCACCUGAGGAGAGCAUACAAAGUGGCAUGCGGGCCGAAGGAGUAAUUGGAUUGAGAUAACGCCACGGAGGCAUGAUGUUCACCCUGACGGAGGUGGCCUCACUGAAUGACAUCCAGCCCACUUACCGCAUCUUGAAGCCAUGGUGGGAUGUGUUCAUGGACUACCUGGGGCUGGUCAUGCUCAUGCUGGCCAUCUUUGCUAUGACCAUGCAGAUCACCAAGGACCAGGUGGCGUGUCUGCCUUACCUGGAGGACUCCGAGAGCUCACCUCAGAGCAGCCCACACGCCCCAUCCAUGCCACAGGGAAUGUCACCGGCCACCACUGCCCCCCUUGUCACCCCUGUUUCUAUGGAGACUAAAGACUUACCGGAUUCAGCUGUUCACGAAAUCCACAACACCCAUGUAGAAUCAAGCAAAUACACCACUCAACCUCAACCAACAGGCAAGAAAACCAACCUAGACUUUCAGCAGUAUGUUUUUAUCAACCAAAUCUGUUACCAUGAUGCCUUGCCCUGGUAUUCCAAGUAUUUCCCAUAUCUGACCCUUAUCCAUACAAUCAUACUGAUGGUUAGCAGCAACUUUUGGUUCAAGUAUCCCAAAACUAGCUCAAAGAUUGAACAUUUCGUCUCCAUUCUGGGACGUUGCUUCGAAUCUCCUUGGACGACAAAAGCUUUAUCCGAAACUGCUUGUGAGGACUCAGAGGAGAACAAGCAGAGGCUAACCAAUGCGGCAUCCGGUCCAAAGCAAGUAUCACUAGAAGAAAGAGAGGACAGUGGUGUUCCAAGUCCCAGUACGCCAAUGCUAGGGGUGAAAGUGUCUGCUGACAAAAUCACGGAGGUUCCAAGUACUAUGACAAUCCUGGACAAGAAGGAUGGAGAGCAAGCCAAGGCGCUGUUUGAGAAGGUUCGGAAAUUCAGAGCUCAUGUGGAGGACAGUGACUUCAUUUACAAGCUUUACGUUGCUCAAACCAUUGUCAAAACAGCCAAGUUUAUUUUGAUUUUGUCCUACACAUCAACGUUUUUGGUUAAAAUCAACUUCAAGCAUGAAUGUAAACCAGAUAUUCAGCAUCUGACAGGUUACAGUAGAUUUUACUGCACGCACAACAUGGCUUUUAUGCUCAACAAGCUGUUAAUUAGCUACAUGGCACUGAUUUUGAUCUAUGGGAUGACGUGUUUGUAUUCACUGUUUUGGGUGUUUCGUAGACCGCUGAAGGAGUACUCAUUCGAAAAAGUUCGCGAAGAGAGUAGCUUCAGUGACAUUCCAGACGUCAAGAACGACUUUGCAUUCCUGUUACACAUGGUCGACCAAUACGACCAGCUCUACUCUAAAAGGUUUGGUGUUUUCUUAUCCGAAGUUAGCGAGAACAAGUUGAGAGAGAUUAGCUUAAACCACGAAUGGACGUUUGAAAAAUUAAGACAACUUGUGACCCGCAAUGCUCAAGACCAACAAGAGCUACAUCUGUUCAUGCUUUCUGGUUUACCAAAUGCUGUUUUUGACCUCACAGAUUUGGAGGUACUUAAACUAGAGCUUAUUCCCGAUGCAAGAUUCACAGCAAAAGUGUCGCAAAUGACAAGUCUACUAGAGCUGCAUCUAUGCCACUGUCCCGCAAAAGUGGAGCAGACGGGCUUUGCGUUUCUUCGAGAUCACUUGAGGUGCCUUCAUGUCAAAUUCACUGACGUUGCCGAGAUCCCAGCUUGGGUUUACUUAUUGAGAAGUUUGCGGGAGCUAAAUCUCGUUGGAAAUUUGAACUCGGAAAAUAACAAAAUGAUCGGACUAGAAUCUAUGCGGGACUUAAGACACCUAAAGACCUUAUGUUUGAAAAGCAACCUCACAAAAAUGCCUACAAACAUCACAGAACUUUCGCCACAUUUGAUCAAACUGUUUAUCCACAAUGAUGGCACGAAAUUACUGGUUUUAAAUAGCCUAAAGAAAAUGACUAGUCUAAUUGAAUUGGAGCUUCACAAUUGCGAACUUGAACGAAUUCCUCACGCUAUUUUUAGCUUGACCAACUUGCAAGAGCUAGAUCUGAAAUCAAACAACAUCCGGACUAUUGAAGAGAUCAUUAGUUUUCAACAUCUAAAGAGACUAGCUUGUUUGAAACUUUGGCACAACAAAAUCACCAAUAUUCCCUCAUCAAUUGGACAAGUCAAGUCUGUGGAAGCACUCCAUCUUAAUCAUAACAAGCUGGAGUCCUUACCCCCUGCACUGUUCACUCUACCCAAGCUUCGCCACUUAGAUCUGGGUCACAACUCCAUCACGGUACUACCCCCUGACAUUGGCCUCCUUCACAACCUCCAAUACUUUGCCAUCAAUAUGAAUAAGCUUGAAGUGCUACCCAAGCAAUUGUUCAGAUGUACUAAGCUAAAAGUGUUAUGCUUAGCCCACAACGCACUCACCAUUCUCCCGGAAACCAUGGGACAGUUGGUUCAACUGUCUCAACUGGAGCUCCGAGGGAAUUGUCUGGACAGGCUUCCAGCUGCACUCGGAAACUGCCGACUGCUCCGGAAGAGUGGACUGGUGGUGGAGGACCAUCUCUUUGACACACUGCCCCUGGAGGUGAAAGAAAGCAUUAGCAGGGAGACCAAUGUGUCUUUUACCAGCGGCUUGUAGUAAAAAUUAGAGAUAGACCGAUAUAUCAGUUGGCUGAUAUUUGCACUUUUUAGUGUAUCAGCUGUCAACCUGAAAUCUCCGCCACAGGCUGAUGUUUUGCUUUGGCCGACCUGCUGCCUAAAGAGUGCACAUAAAGCUUUAUUUGAUUGUUUUAGUGUGAAGAGAUAACUAUACAAAAUGUGACUACACUGCUCUCUGAAAGGUUUGUGGUUAAGAGGGGCUAUGGAUGAGUUUGUAGUAAACAUAAAUUACAUAAUUUGGGGAAAAUAAUAAAUAUCAUCCAAAAAAUGCUUUGGAUUUGGCAUUGGCCAUGAAAAAUCCCAUAUUGGUCAAUCUCAAGUAAAAAUGGAAGAACACUUUGGCUUGCAGGUGUAAUACAAACAAAUUUGAACUAAAAGCAGCACUGUGUAAGAUUUCUGGUAGUGGGCACACCACCUACAUGACUCCAUGGAGGUAGAAAGUUAAAGCAAUACUUUCAACAAUUAGACUUCAUACAUUGCCAUACAGUGCAAUAUUCCAGGCAAAGCAAUAACACCUCCAUGGAGACAAGCAGCUUGUGUGCCCGACACCAGGCCAAGUUACAAGUCUGUGGACAGCAAGAUCACAAAACACCCUUAAUAAUUACAUUUUGAUUUAUUGUUUGGCGGAAAUGUUAUGUAGUGGGACUUUCUAGAUUCUAGAUUGUGAUGGUGUCACAUUCACAAAACCCACAUAUGUUGAUCAUGAUCAUUUAUAUUAGUGUAGUUUCUUCUUCUGUAGUUCUUCUUGAUUUCAGAUGACACCGUAAUUGAAAUUAUUUAAAUAUAAUUAUUAUAAAUAAUUUAAAUUGAGAUGAAGGGCAGGGAAAUCUAUAGCAUCAAUAUAGAGAUUUUGGUAUGGUAUAUUUCAUGAAUGUAAUAUCACAGAUCUGAUUAAUCAUUUUGUGACAAUGAUGAACCCCAACAGCCCGGUUUCUCAACUCUCAAAAAGUUCACAUCCCUUUACAUUGAAGUGAACUUAGGAGCAUCUUAGACAUUGUCUGGCAAAUCCAAAAUAUCUCUCUGUAUUUUUUAUGCCCAUAUGCUCCGUUACAUCUCAAGCUCGACCAAACUGAUCAUACACACUCAUUGAUUCUACAGAAAUCCAUAAUUUUUCAGUCUCUUGCAAUAUUCCUUUCUUUGUUCCUUGUAAACAGCCAUAAUGGCUGCUGUAAAUCACUUGUAAAUCACAUCAAUCUGAAAACGGGGAGAUUCACCAGUGACCAGACUAGGGAUGCACCAAUUCAUCUUUUUCAGCUCCGAUAUCGAUGUUUGUGGCUUUAAGUGCCUGCCAAUACCCAAUAUUAAUCAAUACCAAUGUAGGGACUGAAAAUAACACUUAAAACACAGUUGACUUAUUACACAAGAGAUGUGUUAUGUAACUGUUAUUUAUCUUUCAAAUGACUACUGAAGAAUUUCAUAUGAAUAAAAGUUCAAAUAAUAUGAGACGUUCUAGGCCAAAAUCAACCUGUAAAUAGUCUCAUUACAUCCAAUUAAAGGCCCAACCAGGAUAUUGACUUAACCAAUAUCAUGGAACCGAUACCCAAUCCAGGAAAAUUUUCAGUAUCGGCAACGAUAUUCUGUACCAAUAUCACUAUUGGUGCAUCCCUACACCACACUCACAUUUUCAACUUUUGACGGAUUUCACUGAUCAGGAGUCAAAGGACUCUUUAAAAGAGUGUCAUCCUCCUUCAGUCUUAAUUGUUAAUUAAUAGUAUAGCCUAUUGCUAUCCUGUAAAUCUAUGUGUGUCCUACAACUUAAAUGUAGCAAUCCAUUUAUGGUGGUGUUCAUGUGGUCAGGCCAGCAGGGUAGAUUCUCAUGAAAAAAAAAAAUGGAAAUCUUUAAUUUUUGUAUUUGUAUUGUUAUCUUGUAUUUUUAUUUGAUUUUAAAUCUUUAAUCAUUUUUUUGAUAAUCACUAAUAAUAAUUGCUUUGUGUUAUAUUUUUAUGUGCACAGUAUUUAACAUUAGACAACUAGCUUUGCACUGCUUGUACGACCAAAACUGCUCCAUUGUCACUGUCACACUGUUUAUAGGUACUCAGGUAUUCAACGCACACCAUGGGAACAAUCUUUUGCCUUAACCGCUGCUACCUUUUCUUUGACAAAAAAAAGGAGUAUUACAAAAACGCCAUACUUCAAUAUCAGAAUGAACUUCCUCCCACUGCGGGAGAGAAUCCAUGACACAUUUUAUUUUGUCAGGGUUAGUGCAAGAUAGUUGGGUCCGGAGGGACGCAAGUGAUCACGUAGCUUUAGUUCCCACGGUAAUGUGUUGCUAUAAACAGCUAUAUAAAAUGUUGUAUUGUUUUUUGACAGUUUUAUGUUUUAUUUUAUGGUGUAAGUUGAGAUAAGGCUAGAAGGUGAUAAAAUUGUUACUUCUGCUAACCUGUUAACUACCCCAAAAGAUUUUCCUAACCCUAACCUUAAACACAAAAUUGACUCUUGUGAGCUUGUCAUGUUAUAAUGUUGUUACCUCCUCACAAACAUACCUGGAGUUGUGUUUUGUUUCAUUUACACAGGCCUGAGUAAUCCUGCAUGUGAUGUUAUGCAGUGGUAGAUUUCAAAUUUACAGCUACCUUUUGCUGUUUCGUCAGUAGAGAUUGUCAAUUCCAAGGCUGGAAUUAUCGAAAUGAUUCUAGUGAAGGUGUGUGGAGUUUAAAAAAGACAGUGGAGCACUUACUGUAUUACCACAUGAUAAUACAUCAUAAGGUGGAACAGAGUGUUUUCAGUUUGAGAGAAUAACUCUGCCUAAAUAUGCAGUGUUUGUGUGUUAAACAUGUGUGAAUGAAACAAAACACAACUCCAGGUAUGUUUUUGAUGAGGAUGCAACAUUAGAACAUAGAUAUAUAAAAACGAUAAAUAGCAUAAUAUAGGUCCUUAAACCUUUAAUAACUCCAACCUUAAACAUACUAACUAAUUUACUAGCUUAAAAAACACAACCCAGCUUCAAAACUUCACUUCAAAUGACCAACCACAGCAUACCGUCCCUCCAGACCUGACAUUUUAGCAUGAACCUUCUAUCAGACUGUCAAACUGAGGAGAGAAAGCACUUCUUGAAUAGAGAUUGUAAACUAAAGCCUGUAAUAAUAAAGAUGCACACUAUAAAGAAUGAAUGUCAUGAUGAGGCCUGUCCAAGGUUGGUGUGAGCAACAAAAGGGAAACUUUUUUUUUUUUUUUUCAUUUUAAUGUAUGACAGCAUUAGAAAUGAA